AUGGCUAGCCUGCAGCAGGAAUACCCCCUGGUCCUUGUGGGGAUUCUGGAGGAGUUGGCUAAUAUGCGCCAGUGGCUCUCCUUCCAGGACCUGUGCCGCAUGGUCAGCACCCGUUUUGAUCUGGAGCAUCUCAUUGAGCUCAGAAGCUUGUUGUUUGCCGCUGCCAGCCGGGACCCCUGUUUCCCAGCCACUCUCUUCAGAGAUCGCGUUAGCACCAGAGGUCUAGGGUUAUCCCCCAUAGGCGUGGCUGCUGACAUUGUAACUAUCUUCAAUCUUAUUCAGAUGACGGGUGGGGCUGUCGAUGACAGCCAACCAAUGAGAGCUCAGACAGUCCUUCCUGUCGACCAAUCCCCAGGGCCCCCUCUGCCUGGAGUCCACCAGCUGAGUUUUACUGGACAAGAAAGAGCACGCACCCACUCUGAUUCCAGUGGCAAGCCUAUAGACCAGAACUUGCUCUUCCCGAGAUCAAAUUAUUCGAUCCGCAAGAGAGCAAGUCUUCCCCCAGAUCCCAUCUCACUUGUGUCCUCUCCUCCAGCAAGAGCAAGGGCUGUGUCUUUUGACUGGCCUCACAACACACCUCUGUUCCCUGACGGUCAACUCCCCAGCCAGACUAUGAAGAAUAUCUACCUACCGUUGGAGACGGACAGUGAGUCUAGCGGAGAUUCUGCCCCCAUGGAGGUGUUUGAAGCGGAACAAGGACCAUCCGUUGACCAGAAGAGAAACGUCUUUAGGAAGGACUUCCAUAACCAGCCCCCUCUCAUACCCCAGGUGACUGUAAGCAGUGAGUCUCCUAGUCCCGGUAAGGGGCAGAAAGUAUUUGACAAUCGCAGCUUUGAGAUGCUCACCAAUCCUUACCCUUCACCCACAGCAGCCUUCAAGUCACCGGAGCAUAGGGCCAAACACGAGAGCCUUGACGACCUACAGGACUCAACUUACUUUGGGCCCGGGUCUGUCCCAGAGUGGUCCCCUCGCCAUCUCCAACCACCCAGGACCCAAAAACCCAUCUGGGGCAGCAAGAGUCAUAGUUUAGAGGAUCGGGUAGGCCUUGACAGUAUGGGGAUGGGGAUAGGCUCACCAGGGGGGCAUCUCCCAAGACGAUCAUCCCCUGCCAUUAGCAAUCUGGGGGGGUCUUCGGGAGGGGAGAGUGGAGAUAGUGGAUUGCCAGGUGAUAGCAUGAAGGCUAUGGGGACCCAAACAGACCCUCCAGACCCUCGGCGCCUCCGCAGCCUUGUCCACGCUGACCGUCUUUCCUUCAUGACCUCGUUAGAUGACCCUGAGUUUGGUGAGGAUGACAUCAGUGCCAUCUUUCGAUUCCUAGAUGACAUGAGUAUGUGCGGUUCCACAGGAGUCCUGCACCCCAGUGAUGGAUCAGGGGCCAUCAACCAGGACACCCCUGAGGCCAGACGUGGCCGUCUUGGCCAACUCCAAAGACUUUUCCACUCCCUGGAAAGCAGCGAUGAUGGGAUGAAGGCUAGUGUCUGCAAGCUACUGCUCCGCAUGAGCCAGAUAGAACGACAGCUGGAGUCACUGACUGAGGUAAAGGCUGAGAUUUCCCAGGUGCUGUCCGCUCUCCAGCGCUUGGAUGAAAAAAUCCAGCAGCCUAUUGUUAGUGGUGGACGUGGCACAGGGGGACGAUGGCUGGAGCCCCUCAGUGCUGGUGUCUCUUCCUUUAGCAGCCACCCUGUUACCCCUGCUUCUGAGACAUCAGAGCCUCAGCCUCUGUCUGUAUCUGGGCAUCUGUUCCCAGGGAUCAGCGCUAGCAGUCUGGACUGGAGCCGAUGGAAUACUCCAGGGAGCCAAACAGAAAGUGGCAGCAAAAGUCAGGGAGAUACUAAGGGGGUCAAAGAGGGAAAGAAGGAUGGAUUAUCUCGUCGUACCUCCAAAUCCCAGCCUGAAGAGAAAAGUAGCUCAGAUGCCAAACUCCCGAGCGUGUCAACCUCUGCAAGAGAUUGGUCAGUGUCAUUCUCAAAAAAUAAAGAAGGCAAAACAUUACAUGGAAAAACGAGACAGAUGGACCAAUCUAACAGCACGACUAACCUACUUUCCCAAAAGCGCCCCAGCCUGCUAGACCAGGUGUUUAACUCAGCCCUGUUCCGACAGAAGGACAGCAGUCUGACCGGUGGGCUGGCCUCUGGGAAGAUUAUGGACCCCAGAGUGGCUCAGGGCAGGGGAAGGCCCAUCUGGACUGUGGAUGACAGAGAGCCACGAAUCUCCCCUUUGGAUCUACAGGCCCAGGAGUCUCUGAACCCCAACAACAUGGAGUUCUGGAUGGAGGACAUCUACACUCCAGGCUAUGAUGCUCUUCUCAGGCGUAAGGAGGCCACCCUCCGCCGGGUCAAGGCCUGCAAGUUGGCUGCGCUCAUUGCCAUCAUAGUGAUUGUCAUUCUCAUCAUCGUCAUUCCCAUUUGCACUAUGAGCUCAUGA